AAAAUAGCCAUAGCUUUCAGAGUGCAAGGCCAAAUGACAUAGGAUGAAGGCUGUUCGUAAUCUGUUGAUUUAUAUAUUUUCCACCUAUCUCCUGGUUAUGUUUGGAUAUACUGGUGCCCAAGAUUUCUGGUGUUCCACGCUGGUAAAAGGAGUUAUCUAUGGAUCUUACUCGAUAAAUGAAAUGUUUCCCAAGAACUUCACAAACUGCACUUGGACGUUGGAGAACCCAGAUCCUACCAAAUACAGCAUCUACCUAAAACUUUACAAACGAGAAAUUAGCUGUUCCGAAUUCUCUCUGCUGGCUUACCAGUUCGACCACUUCUCUCACGAGAAGAUCAACGAGCUGUUGAGGAUCAACGAGUCCAUCGUGCACCUGUGUGACGACGCCAAGAAUAUUUAUGUGUUUUUGCAUUACGACAAAAAUUUCGUGCAGCUCCGGCGAGUGUUUCCCUACGACUACAACGGAUUGACGACCAAGAAGACGGAGGAGGAGGAGAGGUCUGUGGUGGAGUUUGUGGUUUUAAACAAGGCGAGCCCGAGUCAGUUUGGAUGUCAGGUGUUGUGCACGUGGUUGAAAACUGCUUGA